UCAUCGCUUCUGUUCUGUCAUUCAAUACAGAAGAGUUUUCUUAGCAACAGGGUAAACUUCUUUAUUCUGCUUAAUGUAAAUUUAGUUUUUUUAUCUUUUUUUCAUGAAUUGCAGCCAUAAAAAUACAGUUUUCCAAAAUGUUGUUUCACCAGCUUCGCAUAAAUAACACUCUGUAACACUGGGAACGAGAAGUAAACGCAUCAUGUGUCUACACAUUUUGCACAGGUUACGAAAUGUAAAUAAUCCGUUUCGCAUGCAAAUAAUCUGUGACGUCACUGCAUCUCAUUAACAGGGUCACUGUGUCGAUCUAGUGGAUGCAAAUUAAACCGUUAUUUGCACGUCUAACAAACCCUUAUUUGCAUAUAUAUAUAUAAAAAUAUAAAUAUAUAUAAAUGCAUUUAUUUUUAAAUUUCAUACAGAUAUAAUGUUGGGAGGAGCGCAAAUGCGUCAACAUGAGAGUUCGUGGUAAGUUUCGUUUCUGAGUAGAAGUCCUGCCCAUCGUGAUCCAGUCCCACCACACACACACUCACACACACACACACACACUCACACACCGAGAAACAGCAGAAAACAUGUACAGAGAAGGAGAAAAGAUGCCACACAGUGAUUGGAGGGAGAGUUCCAGCAGAAACUCAAACAUAAAACGGAGAAUCGCUCAAACCUCCCAAGGGUCAUUUGGCAGUGAUCAGUUCGCAGUAAAUCCAGCACCGACUGAACUGCGCCUGGUUCUGCUGGGAAAAACAGGAGCGGGGAAAAGCGCGACAGGAAACACCAUCCUGGGAAACAAAUGCUUUGACGAUGGAUUGAGCAUGAGCUCGGUCACAAAAGAGUGCAAGAGAGAAUGUGCGACAGUGGAGGAACGAGAGCUGGUUCUUGUGGACACACCUGGUUUUUUUGACACAAACUUAACAGAUGAAGAACUACAAGGAGAACUAAUACGUUGCCUGGCUUUGUGUUCUCCAGGUCCUCAUGCGUUUCUGCUCGUCAUACCGAUAGAGCGAUACACAGAGGAGCAGCAGCGCACCAUAGACAUGAUUCUGGAGAUGUUUCAUGAGGACGUCUCUCAUCACACCAUCCUCAUAUUCUCCCACGCAGAUAGACUUCAAGGAGGAUCCAUUGAAGGGUUUAUUUCAAAACAAAAUCAAAAAGUCCAGGAGCUCGUGAAGAGAUUUGGGAGGCGUUUUGUGGCUUUUGACAACACCAACCCUACAAACCGCCAUCAGGUGAGUCGACUCCUGCAGAGGGUUGACAAGCUGCUCGCUCAAAAUGAGAACCGUCACUUCAUCAGUCCAAUCAUACAAGUCAUGCAGGAAGCCCAGAAGAUAAUCGACAAGAAAAUGCAAGCUGAUAUGGCUGAAAGAAUGAAGCAAAUCAAGCAAGAGGUCAGGAAACUGGCUGAUGUUCGAUGGCGUUUGUUUAUUGCAUCCAUGAAUGAAGAGAGGCAAGAAACAGAGAGAAAAAAGAAAAGGAUACAAGGCAGGAUUAAACAGAUAGAGACGGAUAUAAAGAAAGAAGAGCAGAAUGUGCAACCAAUCCCAGAGAGACUGGAACGGUUCAGAGCAUCUCUGAAUAGAGAGCAGGUGAACAUGAGAAGACUGGAGGAAAGAGAGAUGGAGGAGGAGGAGGAGAGAAUGGAAAGAGAAAAUGAAGAAAAGGAAGACCUGGACAUCUGGAUCCAAGAAGAGGAGCAGAGAAGACUGAGUGAAGAAGGGCAGAACAAUGAACUUCUCUCAAAACGCAAUAUGAAACUGCUGAUUAUGCUGUCCAUGUUUAUGCUGGGGGCCGGAGCUGCGUAUGCACCUGCGCUCCUAGCGUUUCUGUUCCCUGCAGCUCCGGCUGUGGAAGUCGGAUUGUCUGCCCAGAUUUUGUCCACCUUGCUUGGUGCUGGAGCUGUAGAAAGCGGGAGUGUUUUUGGGACGCUCGCUCUAGUUGCAGUGAAAUCUGCAUCUGUAAAGCUGGCAGCGAUGGCACAGUGCUGCAUUCAGUGAUCCGGUUAUGAUUGACAACCAAGAUUCCACAAUCAGUCAACCAAGUUCACAAAUCAAGAUUAUGAAAUAAGUUUUUAAAUUUGGAAAUUUAGAUGAAUUGAAAAUAUAUUAUACAUGACAAUGACAAAUUUUUAAUACAUUUAUACCGUGGUCUGUCUGAAUACUCGAUUCUGAUUGGUUAGAAGGUGUCCGCUAAAACCUUCCAGGCAGUUUAAUCACUGUUUUAUAAUAAUUUAUAUUAAUUUCAUUGAAACUACACACACGUGUCACGUGACAUCUCUCGUACAGAGAUCGGCGCCGCGCACAGAAACUUGAUGCGCCCCGUGACUUUUAUUGCUGGAUGAUGACAUCACUGAUUUCUGCAGAGCUGCUGUAUAGAUAAAUUAACUAAAUUAAUAUAACUAAUGAUUUUGAAAAUGGAAAUGAAUCAAUACUUAACUUAAUAAAGCUGGACAAUAGAGCUUUAUGAUUAAUCGCUAAAAGAUCGCGAUCUCGAUUCAAAAACCCGCGCAAUCUCAUUCCUAAAUGACCAUUCUCCUGUGUCCAUUAAACCUUUGAUAAGGAGAGCAGUUGUCAGCUUCACAAUUAGUCUUUUCGACCCCACAGUAUCGUUAUAUCUCACAGAAGUACUGAGAUAUAAUUGUCGGAUAUAAACACUGAUGUCUAUGCUAGCGAUCAAAAUAGAUUUAAUCACCUUUCGAAAGUAACAGUGGUGCUUCAACGACUGUAUCGAUUACAUCGUUACGCCACCAGGUGGCGACAAGUGACAUUUAAUUUGUCAAUGAAUCAUUCAUUCAAGAUAUUUGUUCAAAAACGAUGAUUCUUCCAGUAGCUACUAGGCUUGUUCAAGAUUCCUCGCUGCGCAGACCGAUCGGUGUAUGACAUCAGAGAGCGACUGGAGAGCAAAUGACUCCUUAUGCUUUUGAAUCACUCUCGCGGUACUUUGAUGUCAUACGCCGAUCGGAGUAUUUAUUAGAGAGUCAUUGAAUCAUUCAUUCAAACUGAUUUUUAAAUGAAAAAAAAAGAUUUUUUUUUUUUUAACAUGAAGGCCAAGUAUGGUAAAAAUUCUAUACUUUUGUUAAUAAUUUGUGCUCUGCAUUUAACCCAUCAGUUAGUGCACACACAUUAGGAGUAGUGAGAAGUGAACACACACACAUACACUGCAAACCGUGAACACACACCCGGAGCAGUGGGCAGACAUUUUUGCUGUGGCACCCAGGGAGCGACUGGGGGUUCGAUGUCUUGCUCAAGGACACUUAGUCAUUUCUUGCCGGUAUUGAGACUCGAACCCGCAACCUUUGGAUUACAAUUGUUGUUUAAAUUAACAAUCAAUUAAUCGAUUAAUCGUUAAUUUAAACCUCUUAAAUCCAAAGUGGGGGUGCUACUAAGUUAAAUUACUUAACAACCACUUGCUUAACCAGAACAAAAUAAUAGUCGUUUUAAAGCUUAGAAGCUUAUGGAAUAUGACCAUCACUUGACAAGAGCUUUUAAAUUUACUGACAUAUUAUGACUGCUCUGUUUUCAUAGCAUAAAAAAACUGCUUUAUUACACGAAAAUGUGAUCUGUAAAAUCACAGUAGCCUACAUAACAAACUGUUGUAUACUGUUGAAAAGGUCUCAACUAGCAGAAUCCAACAAGCGUAUUUGUUUCAGUUAGAGACCAAACUAUACCAAGUAUUUGUAUGAAAUAAUGUCGCUGCAUGUAAUCAAGUAUACACAUGAUGCUUUUGCACCACGUUUUUGUUUGUAACUUCUCGAAAUAUUAGUAAACCAUAGUAGAUCUUUGGCGGAUGUAGUACGUCUGAAUUUGCAUCGGGCCGUUCUUUGCCUCCAUGUCGUGCGUUAAAAUUGUUUAAUGCACAGCUAGCCGUGGAUUAGCCUUUUUUUUUUCUCUCACAAUUGUGAUAUAUAAAUUUGGAGUUUUGGAGCAAUUUGAAGUUAUAAAGUCUGAACUGCAAGAUUAUCUCAGAUAAUUCUAAGGAAAAAAGUCGGAAUUGUGAGAUAAAAAGUAACAAUUACCUUUUCUGAAUAUACAAUAGUUCAACAAAGUGUUAUACGUAUUUUGAUAUGCAAGUGAUUAUUAUCAUGUUUAUUGAUUAUAAUCUGACUGGCACAAAAGGCACUUCCUUAAUCAUCCUCCAGGAAGUGACAUCAUUAUCUGGGGGAAUCAGAAGCACAACUUCAGUAAGUGUUAUCAGUGGAUCUGAUGAAUUUUGUGGUUGAAUGUUUUGUGUUUGUCACUUAAGAAAAAUCCAUCCUGUUUGAUCAAAGUACACAAAAUCAUUUUAAUGCAACAUUUUGAAAGUUGGUUAAAAACAUGAAAGUUGAUGAUCUAAGGAUUCUCAGUCUGUGUGUUACUGUAAGAGAGCAACCGUACAUCUGUGCUGUUUUAUUUUCUUUGUUUUUAUAAGAUUUAAUUUUAUAACCAUUAGUCAUUGUAGUUACAUUUAUUCAUGUAUUCAUCAUUUUAUUAUUAUUGAUUUAUUUUGUUUUUAUUUUUUAUAUCACUUAUUAUUUUACUUAUUAAAUGCUUGCUAUAGUUUAAUCUUCACGAUUGUGUGGUUUGAAGGGAUGUUUGUUUUCAAGAGUAGGAGAUAAAAGAAUGUCUCCAUUUCAAGGUUUUUAACGUCACAGAUGAUGUGGUGAAGCAGGAAUUUUCCAUUGUUUUUGCUUUGGUAUAAUAACACUUGUUGGAUUUUGUACUGGUCAGAUGUAGUGAGCAUUGAAACACACAGCUAAGAUUAUUCAAUAAACUGCAUUUAUUAUCAUCA